UUUAUACAUAAACAUGGAAAAGAGCAUGUCAAGGAUGAAGUCAAGGCCCAAUACAACACUUCAAGACUUCGAACUCCUCCAUAAACUUGGAGAUGGAAGCUACAGCAGCGUUUACAAAGCAAAGCGAAUCGCUGACCAACAAAUCUAUUGCAUCAAGAAGGUCAAGCUAUUCGGGCUCUCUGAAAAAGAAAAACAAAAUGCUCUAAAUGAAGUCAGAAUUCUGGCCAAAAUCAACCAUCCUAACGUGAUUCGAUAUAAAGAGGCCUUCCUCGAUCAGGAAGGGUCUGCCUUGUGCCUCGUCCUCGAAUAUGCUGAUGACAAAGACCUUUACCAGAAAAUCAAAACUAAAAAGAUCAGUGACCAACCAUACUCAGAAGAUGAUAUCUGGUACAUCUUCCUACAGCUCUUGAAGGGGCUGAAAGCACUCCAUGAUCUGAGGAUCAUGCACCGAGACCUUAAAAGCGCAAAUGUCUUUUUGAACAAAGACCUCACUGUCAAAUUAGGUGAUAUGAAUGUCUCAAGACUUGCUGAUACGAAUGGUCUUAAUUAUACCCAAACAGGAACUCCUUAUUAUGCCUCUCCUGAAGUCUGGAAAGACAAGCCCUACGACUUCAAAAAUGAUAUCUGGUCCCUAGGGUGCGUCCUGUAUGAAGUCACUUGCCUAAAGCCUCCUUUCAAGGCUCCUGACAUGGAACAGUUAUAUGAAAAAGUUAUGAAAGGACAAUACCCAAGAAUCCCAAAACAAUAUUCCCAAGAUCUAGCGAUUGUUAUAAAAAGCAUGCUCCAAGUCAAGCCAAAGUACAGACCCACUAUAGAUGAACUACUUUCUCAUGAUAUCAUAAAAUCCCGAAUGAACGAACUCAACCUCGAAGAUCCUGUAAGUGAGGAUUCUGUAGAGCAAUUCGCACUUGAAGAUCUCAAUAAUAAUUACACUCAUGACCUCCCUCUCCCAAAUUAUGGCCCUAGCUGUAUUGAUAGGGACAUCUUGUGCACCUCUGAACAAGUAAUUAAAGAGCCCUUGAACCAGAAAAAUGUGACUAUAGAUGAUUAUGACAUGGCAAUUAUCAACAACUCUAAACCUCUAUUCCUCCACAAGAGUAUUGAAGAGUCUACAAAUGCUAAUUCCAUCAAUAUGCUAAGCGGGAAAAAGUCUAUUCCCGGAUCAAUAGCCUCAAGAAAGCUGCUUUCUUCCCUCAAAAAGCAUAUUAAAAAGACUAACCGUUAUAAAUCCAGUGCUAGAGUGGACAACAGCAUGCCUUAUCAUUUCAAAGACACUUAUAAAGACCUUCUACUGUUACAAAAGUCAUCUAAGGACAGUCUCAGAAGCAUUAGCCAACGAAAGUCCAUUAUAAACAACAAGUUCAGGCUGAAAUACAAGUCUAAAUAAAUCAGAAGACCCUUCCAAAGAUUAUGUCCUCAGUUCGAUCGAGCACAGAAUGAAGAAAAAUAAAGAUUCCCUCCGCAGAGAACCUAAGGAGCUGACCAAGGUGAACUGAAGCAGCCAGAAAAAGCUGGAGAAUCGGAAUUCGACUGAUAUCCUCAAAAUCCCUCACAAAAGUCCGAAUCAGAGCGAUCACAGAAUGAGCUUCAUUGGCAAAAGCCUCAAAAUUAACCCUAAAGGAGACAAGGAGAUAUCUCCUAAAGUAAUGCAGAAGAUCUUCAACAAGAUCGACAAUCAUCUUGACAAAUACUCUGUGAAUAAGUCUAGUAGCAGGAAUAUCUUAUCCAAGAAAACCAAAGAUAGAUCCCUCAUACUUCCAAGUCUCAGUAAGAGACCUUCCAACUAUCAAUCAAUCCAGAGCAGUGACGUGAAACACACCAGGAUGAAGGAGAAGUCAUUGAACUACAUCAGAAGGUUGCCUACCAACAGGAAGACAAAGAAGCUAAGCGCUGUGCCUAUAAAGGGAACCCCAAUUUCCAAAAGAAAUCUCAAAGUAAAAAAAUACCAGCUUGACAUUAGCAACUCAAGCAGGGUUUAUGAACCCUCUGCCCAAGUAGACGAUCAUAGAGAAUUAAAGAAUAAGAGCUCUUCCUUAAUAGGAAGCAACAAGAAUAUUCUCCAUGAUCGCUUCAGGAAGCUCUUGAGAGACAGCAAGAAACAACCUGUAGGGCUACACUGAGUAUAAUCCCUUCAAUA